CGGGUCAAAGGGUUUGCUUCCGGAGAGCGGGAAGGCUGAAACGCGGAGGCCAGGCUGGAGUCAAGCUUGCAGGGUUCUAGGUGGGAAGGCUGUAGCCAUGGACAGGAGUAUCUUUGGAGAGAUGGCAUCCCCUGUGAUCCGGGAAGCGGAGGUGACACGGACUGCACGGAAGCAGAGUGCUCAAAAAAGAGUUUUAAUUCGGGCCACCCAAGACGAAAAUUUUGGUAAUACUACACCAAGAAACCAGAUUAUCCCUCGAACUCCCAGCUCAUUUCGACAGCCUUUUACUCCACCAAGCCGAAGCCUACUAAGACAUCCAGAUAUUUCCUGCAUUCUUGGAACAGAAGGGAGGUCUCCCCGGCAUACACAGUCUUCUGGGUUCUUGGGAAAUCUGUCCAUGGUAACUAAUCUGGAUGACAGUAACUGGGCAGCUGCGCUCUCAUCACAGCGUUUAGGACUCUUCACAAACAUGGAAGCCCACAGUGUAACAGAAGAUGUGAAUCUCAGUGCUGUUAUGUUACGUGAAGAUGAUCCUGGAGAGGCUGCAUCCAUGAGUAUGUUCUCUGAUUUCCUGCAGUCUUUUUUGAAGCACUCUUCAACUACAGUUUUUGAUCUUGUAGAAGAAUAUGAAAAUAUUUGUGGUAGUCAGGUAAAUAUACUGAGUAAAAUAGUGAGUCGAGCAACGCCUGGACUGCAGAAGUUUUCAAAGACAGCUAGUAUGCUCUGGCUUCUUCAACAAGAGAUGGUCACAUGGAGGCUGCUUGCUUCUUUGUAUAGAGACCGAAUACAGUCUUCAUUAGAAGAUGAAAAUAUGUUUGCACUUUCUGCUGUAAACACCAGUGAGAAGACAGCUGUGGAAGCGUUGUUUCAGAGAGAUUCACUGGUCAGACAGAGCCAGUUGGUGGUAGAUUGGUUAGAAAGUAUUGCCAAAGAUGAAAUUGGAGAUUUUUCUGAUAAUAUUGAGUUUUAUGCAAAAUCAGUAUAUUGGGAAAAUACCCUCCAUACCUUAAAACAACGCCAGCUGCCCUCUUUCAUAGGAAGUGUGCGUCCUCUCGUCACUGAACUGGACCCUGAUGCUCCCAUUAGACAGAAAAAGCCCCUUGAUGAUCUGGAUAGAGAAGACGAAGUCAGAUUACUCAAAUAUCUUUUUACUCUGAUCCGAGCUGGGAUGACAGAAGAGGCACAACGACUCUGUAAACGCUGUGGUCAGGCAUGGAGAGCUGCAACGCUCGAAGGCUGGAAACUGUAUCAUGACCCUAAUGUUAAUGGAGGAGCAGAACUAGAGCCUGUUGAAGGGAAUCCAUAUAGACGAAUUUGGAAAAUUAGUUGUUGGAGAUUGGCAGAAGAUGAGCUUUUUAAUAAAUACGAAAGAGCAAUUUAUGCAGCAUUAAGUGGGAAUCUCAAGCAGCUGCUUCCUGUCUGUGACACCUGGGAAGACACAGUAUGGGCCUACUUCCGGGUGAUGGUGGAUAGUCUGGUGGAACAGGAGAUUCAGACAUCAGUAAUAUCUCUAGAAGAAACUGAAGAACUUCCCAGAGAAUGUUUAGAAGCAAAUUGGACCUUGGAAAAGGUUUUUGAAGAACUCCAAGCUACUGAUAAAAAGAGAGUUCUAGAAGAGAAUCAAGAACAUUAUCACAUAGUUCAAAAAUUGCUCAUCCUGGGAGACAUCGAUGGUUUGAUGGACGAGUUUAGCAAAUGGCUUUCCAAAAGCAAAAGCACUCUACCUGGACACCUCCUCCGCUUUAUGACUCAUCUAAUUUUGUUUUUCCGAACUCUGGGACUACAGACCAAAGAAGAAGUUUCUAUUGAAGUUUUAAAGACAUAUAUACAGCUUUUAAUAAAUGAGAAGCAUACAAACCUCAUAGCGUUUUAUACCUGUCAUUUGCCUCAAGACCUUGCUGUUGCCCAGUAUGCAUUAUUUUUGGAAGGUGUUACAGAAUUUGAACAACGGCACCACUGCCUGGAGCUGGCUAAGGAAGCAGACUUGGAUGUUGCAACAAUAACAAAAACUGUAGUUGAGAAUAUUCGGAAGAAAGAUAAUGGCGAAUUUAGUCACCAUGACCUGGCACCAUCCCUAGAUACUGGUACCACUGAGGAGGACCGUUUAAAGAUUGAUGUGAUUGACUGGUUGGUAUUUGACCCAGCACAGAGGGCAGAAGCACUGAAGCAAGGCAACGCGAUAAUGAGGAAAUUCUUAGCAUCAAAGAAACAUGAAGCUGCAAAAGAAGUAUUUCUGAAAAUUCCUCAGGAUUCCAUAGCAGAAAUCUAUAAUCAGUGGGAAGAGCAAGGCAUGGAGGGUCCACUUCCACCUGAAGAUGACAAUGCCAUCAGAGAGCAUUUGUGUAUUCGAGCUUAUCUGGAAGCCCAUGAAACCUUUAAUGAGUGGUUUAAGCAUAUGAAUUCAGCUCCACAAAAACCUACUUUGAUAUCUCAACCGACUUUUACAGAGAAAGUGGCUUAUGAACACAAAGAAAAGAAAUAUGAAAUGGAUUAUGGUAUUUGGAAAGGGCAUUUGGAUGCUCUAACUGCUGAUGUAAAGGAGAAAAUGUACAACGUCUUGUUAUUUGUUGAUGGAGGGUGGAUGGUAGAUGUCAGAGAGGAUGCUGAAGAAGACCAUGAAAGAACACAUCAGAUGAUUUUACUAAGAAAGCUUUGUCUGCCAAUGCUGUGUUUUCUGCUUCAUACCAUAUUACAUAGCACUGGCCAGUAUCAGGAAUGCCUACAGUUAGCAGACAUGGUGUCCUCUGAGCGCCACAAACUAUAUCUGGUGUUUUCUAAGGAGGAGCUAAGGAAGCUGCUGCAGAAGCUGAGGGAAUCCUCUCUGAUGCUGCUAGACCAGGGACUUGACCCACUGGGGUACGAAAUUCAGUCAUAACUCACCCCCUCUCUGAUGCCCACGAUAAGUGGAAAUUCUUUUGGUUGGUUGCUUGGUUUUUGUAAAAUAUACAUAUUUGUAAUUGC